CCUACAAAACCGGCAUUCUAGCUUUUCAUGAAUAGGUAAAAUGGGUUUGCUCUGUUUUAUCAAAUACUAAUCUUCCCAAGGUUACUGCAGCAAAGUAGACAACAAGUCAAAACCAAACCGUGUUUGUUAUGUCCCAAGUCCCAACUAUGAAAAACUUAUGAACCAGUCUUCUGAGUUCUGCUUCCCAUUUUUGCCGUAACUUCUGCUCUUGGACCCCGCAAAGUCAAAUCCUUUCUUAUUUCCUAUUGAUUCAGAAAUUUCACCAGUGGUCUUCCAUGGCGGAAGUCGUCUUCCCUUUUUCUUCACGUUAUUGUUGUCUUCUAGUCUUCGUCUCGACCAUUAUAUCUGAAUCUCUUCAUCUUCAUUACGUUGAUUUUCUAUAAAAUCUGUGAUUUUUUGGUGAUCCAUCAAGAGAAUGCAUCUGAGUUCUUAUUAGUUUUGUCGUGUUCCCCUCUGUUCUCUUCUUUGUUCUUCAUUAUUCAAAUCAUCUUAGGGUUGACCGAUCAAUCUGAAAUUCCUUCACUUUCCUUCUUCCUCGCAGAAGAAUUCAUCUGGGUUUUGCUUAAUUUUCUCGAAUUUCUCUUUAAAAGCAUAAAAAUCAAACCUCUAUCUGUUUCGCCAUGAACGACGAAUCCUCCACCCAAAGCCCUAUCUUCGGCAACAACAUCGAAGGAGAAGAAAUCAUGGGAAGGGUAAUACUGGUAGCAGUCGUGGUCCUUUUCAUGGCGGUUCUCUUCGUCCUCCUGUUUCACCUCUACGCAAGGCUAUUCUGGUGGCGCGUGGAACAACACCUCCAUCGAACCCAGCACCGAUCACAGUCCGAUCCCGGUUCCACCAUCAUCGGUCGUCAACGACGUCGUUUCAUCUUCGUGCAAGGCCAGGACCCUUCUCUCUCCUCCGGUCUCGACCCUUCAACCCUCGGCUCGAUCCCUGUCGUCGUCUUCAAGCCACAGGACUUCAAAGACGGGCUCGAGUGCGCCGUUUGCCUCUCUGACCUCGUGGACGGCGACAAUGCCAGGCUUCUCCCGAGCUGUAGCCAUGGCUUCCACGUUGAUUGCAUCGACAUGUGGUUUCAGUCUCACUCCACUUGUCCAGUUUGCAGAAACGUGGUUGGUUCUGUCGCAGGAAUAUCCGAACAUAGAGAUGAUGGUUUGUCUCAGAAUCUCCAUGACUCAUCCCAAGAUCCGAUUUUGGAUUCUGGGUUUUCGACAGAACCGCCAAAUUUUCCGACAAAUGUGCUCGUGUGGGGAGACCAGAAUCAAGUUAGUAGCGUUGGACUCUCGGUCGUUGAAGAUACCGUGCAAGCAAAUUCUUCAAACGAGCAUCAUCAAAGCCUGCUAGGUUCCGGCGACGGUACCGCGAUUCCGGCGAUGGUGGUGGUGGAGAUUCCGGCGAACCCUAGUGAGUGUUUGCCGGCUACGACAUCGACUAGAUCCGUGGAAGAAGAAUCUAAGUCUCGGGUGUUGGUUAGGCUUAGAUCAUUGAAGAGAUUGUUGAGCAGAGAGAAGAGAGUUGCAGCCUGCGGUUCUAGUUCCAGUGGCUCCACCAAUGUCUGAAUUCGGAAUUUCGAAUGUUCGAUAUUCCGGAAUGUAGAACGAAUCCAUCUGCUAUCAAGAGUUCAAGAUUCAGGAAGAUUACUUCCGCCGCAAGAAACUAACUGGUUUUCGUUUGUUCACGAGACAGAAGUUAACAGUCCCUUUCUAUGUUCUGCAAGAAGAGCAAGGAAAAAGAUUCCAUGAUCUUCACAAUAUUAUUUGUUGAUACUAUAAUAUAAUAAAUA